AUGACAGUCAAAGUGUUCCUUACAGGAGCUACAGGCUACAUUGGCGGCGAUGCAUUCUACCGUCUUCACCAAAGCCACCCGGAAUUUGAAUUUGCGCUCUUUGUGCGGUCAGAGGAAAAGGCGAACGCAAUUCUUGCCAAGUAUCCCGACGUACGGAUCGUUCUUGGGGCGCUAGAUGACUCUGCAACGCUAGAACGCGAGGCCUCAUGGGCAGAUAUAGUCGUGCAUACUGCUGAUUCUUCGGAUCAUGUGGGCAGCGCAAAUGCUAUUGCCAAAGGGUUGGUGCAAGGCCACACCCCUGAACGACCAGGGUUCUGGCUGCACACGGGAGGAGCCGGAAUUCUGACAUACUUCGACUCGGAGGUGAAGAAGGUGUUUGGUGAGCUGGAUUCGAAAGUUUUCGACGAUUAUGAUGGCGUAGACGAGCUCGUCAACUUGCCCCCUGCUGCCUUUCAUCGUAACAUCGAUGAAAUCAUCCUCAACACCGGCACUGCACAUGCAGAUUCGGUCAAAACCGUCAUCAUCUGCCCACCAACAAUUUAUGGCGAAGGCCGCGGCCCAACAUCGGGCCGGGGCCGACAAGUGUACGAGCUUGCUUCCUUCAUUCUGAAGGAGCAAUACUGCCCCCAAAUUGGCAAGGGUCUUUCCCGGUGGAAUAACAUCCACGUCCACGAUUUGAGCGAAGUAUUCGAGCUAUUGGUCCAAGCUGCGCUAGAUAGUUCUCGAAGACAUGAUCCCGAAAUCUGGGGUGCCCGUGGUUACCUCCUCACUGAAAAUGGCGAGCAUUCUUGGGGGGAAUUGUCCAAAAAUAUAGGACGAGAAGCCCACAAGCAAGGACUUUUGAAGGGGAACCCGGAACUACGUGACUGGUCCAUUGACGAAGCUGUUAAGUCAUCUGCAGGGUUCGAAGCUGCAAGCUGGGGCAUGAACUCACGUGGGGUAGCCAACCGUGCUCGGAAGGUCCUUGGAUGGAAUCCAAACAAGCCCAGUUUGAUUGAUGAGAUCCCAAAUAUCGUCCGGUCUGAGGCCUCCAGACUAGGGCUUUGA